CAUGCGCACACGACGCGUCCGCCGCCUCUUCAGAGUUUCUUGUGAUGGAUGUUUUGGUUCUUUCUGGUGGUCGUGGUAUAUCGGUGGAUGUUGGCUGCGGACCGCACCACUUCUCUUCUGUUCCUGCUUCUCUCGUGUCUCUGGACCUGCGGCUCGUGAUGGAGAAGAUGUCCCGACAGACGAGUUUCCUUCCUGCGGCGCCGCACGGAGUCCUGAGGUCUCUGCUGGAGAAGCCGCUGCGCCACGGAGCUUUCAGCAAGGAGCAUGAGAAGGAGAAGAGCCUGGAGGAGGAGCUCAGCGCCCCGCAGUCGGCCUUCCUGGGCCCCACGCUGUGGGACAAGACGCUGCCCUAUGACGGAGACACGUUCCAGCUGGAGUACAUGGACCUGGAGGAGUUCCUGUCAGAGAACGGCAUCCCCUCCAGUCCCUCCCACCACCACCACAACCACAACCAGCACCAAUCACAGGCCCCGCCACGCCAGCCGCCAAUCAUGCCCCCGGCCCCACCCCCGCCGUCGUCCUUGGUGAUGGACCUGAGCAGCCACGCCUCCACCACGAGCGUCGUCUCCCACCCGACCUGCCUGCACAGCAGCCCAGCGAGAGCAGGCCUCCCGAGCUCCAGAACCACUCCCAGCCCCAUCGACCCGGACUCCAUCCAGGUCCCCGUCGGCUACGAGCCCGACCCUGUGGACCUGGCUCUGUCCAGCGUCCCGGGACAGGAGAUGUUCGACCCGCGCAAAUGCAAGUUCUCCGCCGAGGAGCUGAAACCGCAGCCAAUGAUCAAAAAGGCUCGAAAGAUCUUCAUCCCCGAAGACCUGAAGCAGGACGACAAAUACUGGGCCAGGCGCCGGAAGAACAACGUGGCAGCGAAGCGGUCCCGGGACGCCAGGCGGCUCAAGGAGAACCAGAUCGCCACCCGGGCCGGUUUCCUGGAGAAGGAGAACUCGGCUCUGAGGCAGGAAGUGGUCGACCUGAGGAAGGAGCUGGGACGCACCAAGAACGUCCUGCUCAAGUACGAGGCGCAGCACAGGCUGCUGUGAGGACACACACCGUCCACGUGUACACACACACACACACACACACCGACCUUUCACCUCCACACACUCUGUCCACCGACCAAUCAGACGACGACGUACUUUGCACGAUGGGUUUUUCAUAAACAUUUAACUCACAGGAAUAUUGAUCAUGAUUUUCUUGCUGCUGUUGAAAAUCUCAUGGCGACAAAACCUAAAUAUUCUACAAGAUCAAAACCAGCAUCACUUCCUGUCUGAGGCUCCGAGCUGCUGGUCAUUGGUUCCUACUGGAGAUGAUAAGCUUUGAACACACAUUUAUAGUUUGAUUUAAAAAAACAGAAACUAGUUUUUAUCAUAUAAACAGGAAGUAGUGCAUUUGCUGGGGACUAUUUUCAGCGGCGGAUUAAUCCACAUUUGCGUGUGUGUUGAUGGUUUGGACACACACACACACACUCAUUAGAAAAAAUUCCGUCCGAUCCUUUAAAUAACAACAACACAUUUCAUUGUUGUUGUUAUUUUGCUUUAUGGAUUUCGAUUUUCCCCCUCUUUUCGAGUCAUAAAAACAAAACCGUCAUAAUUUUCCUGAUUUCCCAGGUGACUUUUGUCACAUAUUUCCAUGGCAACAGUCGCCCCCCCCCCCCCCCCCCCCCCCCACACACACACACACACACACACACACGGGCCCUGUGGACUCCUCUUCCUCAUCACCGCCCACCUGACGUCUGAUGAUGUCACUGCCAGCCCCUCACAGACUCCGACCCCAGCAGGUGUACCCCCCCCCCCACAAUGCACCUGUUCAUGUGUACAUACCUGACGACUCUGUGUACGAAUGUAGUGCGAUUGCCUCCUAUUGGCCAAUCGGCCUCAGUCCCUCCCGUCAGGACGGACUUUUACCUGGCUCCUGUGGAUAUUUAUGAAAAGUGAAAAUAUCCAUCUCACACUUUACGAGGCAAACUUUUUUAUAUGUCGUGCCCUGAAAUGCCAAGAGAAACUUACAGCGACUGCACAUCAGCUAUUUUUUUCUCAUUAAUAUGUCAAGUCAACAUUUCCCCGUUUAUUUCGUUUAAACCUCGUCACUUCCUGUUUGUCGGAGGCGACGUUUCCGCUCAUGCUCUGACACGUCGCUGACACGCGUCACAGGUGACGUCACAGGUGAUGUCACACGGAUGACGUCACAGGUGAUGUCACGCGGAUGACGUCACAGGUGAUGUCACGCGGAUGACGUCACAGGUGAUGUCACACGGAUGACGUCACAGGUGAUGUCAC